ACAUUCGCAUAUUAAAAAAAACCCUGAGAGAGACAGGGAGGACGAAAAUUUUUGUGUGCUGAAAAUUGUAAAUUCGGAACCGAAGACGCCAGAUUUUUAGUUUUAAGUGUCCCUAAUUGUGUCCAGAAGUACCUAAGAAUCUCGCCAGCAUAUGAUUCCAUAGCAAAUCGUUGAAGGAGUAUGAAUUAUUGCCGUAGAAACAUUGACAAUAGCAACAAUAGUUAAUAUUCACGCACUCCAUAUCAAUGAAAGAAAGUAUUACGACGACGAAGAAGACGAAAAUUAAAAUCAAAGCAACCGCGGUUGGUGCACGUACUAUCCAGCAAACAUCCAGAGUACGAACGGGGAAGUGGCCACAAUCUUCAUUUUUGGCACCAGGUGGUUGGCUGGUUGAGUAUCAUUUCUAAACUCAAAAGAUUCAUAUUCCUGCUGUUGCAACCUCUUUCUGUCGAACCCACCAUCAUUCAAUGUACGUAUUGAGCUAGAAUCAUCAACAAAAAAGCUCCUCUUGCAUCACAACCUGUCGCUCUUGGUUUCGACUUAGUUACCAGAUAUCGUCAGUCAUUCAUUCACUCAGCCAGUCAACUUUAGAAGGAACUGUACGAAAUUUGCCAGCAUCAGUGUUCUAUCAUUUGCACGCACACACAACCUAAACCAACCGCAGUUUUCACAUCAUCCCAUUGAUAUUCUUGAACGCUGCUGGAUUACUCCCCGUUUUCGUUGGAUGUUGUGAUGUUCUCAAACGGGCUUCCCUGCAAUCUGCCCUUCCCCAGCUGUCUCGGGGUGCCAAAGGAUAGCGGAAGCGACGAACUGCUACCGACAGCGAUGGGAAGCCGCGAACCGGUCAUACUCAACGUGUACGACAUGUACUGGAUUAACGAAUACACGACCUCGAUUGGGCUGGGUGUGUUCCAUUCGGGUGUCGAGGCGUUUGGGACUGAGUUUGCCUACGGUGGCCACCCGUUCCCGUUUACCGGUGUAUUCGAGAUAUCACCACGGGAUCACAACGAGCUGGGUGAUCAAUUUCGGUUUCGGCAAAGCAUACAAAUCGGUUGUACAGACUUUACCGAGGAGGAAGUUCGCCGGAUAGUGGAAGAGCUGGGGAACCAGUUUCGUGGCGAUCGGUAUCAUCUAAUGAACAACAAUUGCAACCAUUUCUCCGGGUCACUAACACAGAUUCUCUGCGGGCAGGAGAUUCCAAGUUGGGUGAAUCGAUUGGCUCAUUUCAGCUCCUGUGUACCUUUCCUGCAGCGUUGUUUACCGAAGGAAUGGCUAACACCCAAUGCCUUACAACAGUCGAUAACAGCCAUACAGGACCGGGACGAGGAUUCCAGUCCUUUUUGAGAAUAGCUUUUAGUUAGGAAUAGUAAUACCAUAGCCGCCGCGCCACGUGAUUCCGACGUCGGGGUAAACAGUAAAGCAACAGCGCAGGCUAACAUGGAACUUCCAUUGAUUAGAGGCAGUGGAGUAGCAGAGACCACCACUAAUAACUCGGUAUACAGAAACCGAAAGAAAUGAAAAUGAGGCCCACAACUUCCUGAUAAGGCGAGUAGCUGCGAGUGUGAAGAGUUUUUUCUGUUUAUUUUUACAACUCAGCUAGGAGAGUUUAUGUUUGUGUAUUUGUUUUCUGUCCAAAACCCUUCUCAAUGAACCAAAAAGAAGAAAAAAUCUAUAUCCAUAAAUAUAUUAUUAUGAAACGUUUAAAUAUUUGAACAGAUUGUGACUCGUUGCAAGUUUUUUUUUCGUCAACUGAUAUUAAAGAAACUCAGCUUUUAGCUUUUCCUAUAGAGAAAUAAGAAAGGUAAAAACGAACGGGUUAAAAGUAUUCGUUUCACAUUUAAUUCAAUAUAACAAACUGUAAACUAACAACAAAUAUAGAGUAAGUAAAAGUAAACAAAGUAAACGAACAUCUAAUAAACGUUUUAAAAAAAUCUAUAUGGAUCUAAAACAGAGAAAUUAGUUUAAUUAACAAAAUGGUUUAAUUACAAUGUUUGAACGGCAACUAAAACCCUAUCUGAUGUAAGCAAACCCGUUGUUGGUAUUAAAGAUGCAGGCAGACGAAAAGGGUAUCAAACAUAGAGUUUAUUCAACAACAAACGGAGAGUGAAUAUACACAUAGUUAAAGAAAGUGACAAUGAACAACAUCCAAAUAACACUUGUACAGUAAUCCCCUUAUACUCUUAUUAAAAGUGACGUUGACAAACAAACACGUGUUGAAGAAUCUAGGCUAUGGAAAAUCGGAAAGAAGUUUUUUUGAGGUUGGGACCUAUUGAACGGAUUCCAGGGAGCUACCAUGAAAAUACGUUCGUUGUGACUACAAUCGUAUUUAUUUGCUCUUUUGAAACUAGAAUUAACUGUACUAUCAUUAAAUAAACGAAAAGUAUUUAGAGAGAUGCAAGGGAGAAGUAGUUUUUAUCGGAAGUCGCGUAGAAUAAUUAUUCGGCACCUGUGUCAUUUGAGCAGGGACCUAUUUUACUUUGUUGUUUAGAAAGCAAAAUAGAAUCUUUUUUUAAUGAAAACUUUUUGUAUAAUUUUUCGUACAUAUCGUACGUUGAAUUGCCCAACUUUUUGUCAUAUUCCUGAAAUAACAAGAAAAGGAAAAAAUGUAUCAUGAACAAAACUACAAUUUCUAUCAGUAAAGCGCUCACAAUAUAGAUAUUUCCUAAACUUUAUUUUUCUACACAGAACAAGCAACCGACCGAUAUUAUAUUCUUACUCGGUUAAAUAUGAAGAUGCGGAAGUAAUUCUGAUCCAUAGUAUUAACACAACUACUGCAAAGUUCAAAGUUGCGUUUCAGGAAAAAAAACACGUGUGAACCAAGCAGGUUUUAAUUUCUAUGAAAUAAUCAUAACCCUCACCAACCAACCACAACAAGAACAACAAUGCCAUUUUCUCGAACUUCUGUUUUUUAUGACUGAAAAAGUUAAUGAAUUAAAUAAAGAUAUUAUUGACGAACUGA